AUAUUGGCAACAUUUACGACUUUCAUUAUUAGUCGUAAAGUAGAUUGUAAAUCAUGUCUGAAGCACAGUCAAGAAAUAAUUCAGCUAAACAAGCCAGACCUUUGUCAGGGAGACAGUCUUCCCAUGGCAUUAAAAACACAAAUGUCCCAUCCAGGGGUGGAUCUGGGAAUUUGUCUGCUUCCAGAGGUGGAACUGGUGUCAGAGAUUUAGCCAGCAAAGAAGAGGAAUACAAGAAGUUAAAUGCAGAGUUGGAGGCAAAGACAGCCAACCUUGUAGCAGAGGCAGAGGAAGUCCUGCGAGAACAGGAAUCUGUUCUGUCUAAGUCCCGUCUCCUUGACAACAUCAACUCUGAGGAAUUCCUCAAAGAAUUUGAUGAAGACAUAACAGGCCCAAAUGAGAACACAGAAUUAACAGCCAGGCCCUCCUCAAGACCAAGUUCUAAACUGACCAAUCAGAUUCGACCACAAUCCACCAAUCAAAGUCGUGCACAAUCUAAAACAAAGCGUCCAAUUUCUGCAAAAUCUCAGCCUCGCAGUACGAAGUCAAACAUAGCUGAUGAUGUAGCUGUCCCAGACGAGACGUUUAUGACGGAUUUUAAGAACUUCUCUCUACAGAACACAGUAGCUAACAUUGAAGGUCAGAUAGACAGCGGUGAUCUCCCCUUGGAGGAAGAAGACGAUGUUUUACCUCAUGCUGCGGCAGACAUGGGAACAGAGGCGACAAUCCGAUUUUUGAAGGCCAAGCUACGAGUGAUGCAGGAAGAGGUCGAUAGGUUAUCUCAAGAGUGUAACAAAAAGGAUGAAGCAAACACUGGCUUGUCGUCUCGCAUUAAAGAACUAGAGGAGGAACGAGGACGCAUGCACCGAACAAAUGCAGCACAACAGUCACAGAUGGAUAAAUAUAAAAAGAUCGCGGAGGAGGCACGGGGAAAAUCAGAGAGUGUGGAGGGUCAACUGACAGCUGUACGCAAGGAGCUGGAGCAGAUGAAGCGUCAACAGAAACAACAGACGACCUCACAGAGUGCCACAGAAGUACGCCUGAACCGAGCCCUGGAGGAGAUAGAGAAAUAUAAAGAACAGUUAUCCAGACAUAAAUCUACAUCCAAGGAAUCCACAGAACAGGAAAGGAAGAGACUUGAUCAGCUGGUGAAUGACAACAAACGACUGGAGAAACAGAAAAAUGAACUCAUGGCAGGGUUCAAAAAACAGCUCAAACUCAUAGAUGUACUCAAAAGACAGAAGAUGCACAUUGAGGCAGCCAAGAUGUUGUCAUUUUCUGAGGAGGAGUUUGUUAAAGCUCUAGAAUGGGGCAGCUAGCAAUUGUUAAUUAUUGUACAGACAUUCUCAAAUGUAGAUCCCUAGGUCUGCUUCACCAAGUGGUGUUGCAAGGAAAAAUUUAUGUACAUUUUGCUUAUUGACUAAAUUUAUAAAAUAUAAAAGAUA